CACCCGGCCAAGCAGCGCGCGCGGGAGCCGGCGGCCACCAGCUCCCCGCUCGAAGCGGGCCCCGACCGCGGGAUGUCGGAGACGCGCAAGGGGGAGGCGGACGAGGCGGACGAGGGCCAGUGUGACUCGGGCAUCGAGUCUCUGCGCUCGCUGCGCUCCCUGCCCGAGCCCACGCCCACUUCGGCCACUGCGCCCUCGGACGGCGGCGGUCCCCAAGGCUGGACCCUUCUAACGGGGAGCACCAAGGAGCCUCCGGAGAAGGAAGACGCGGAUGGGGAGCGGGCCGACUCUAACUACGACUCCUCCUCGCUCACUGAGCCCCUGUCGUUCUUGGGGGGCCCAGAGGCUGAAGGCGAGGACGAGGCUGAGGCCCCGGGCUCGCCGCUCUCCCGUGCGGGGCCACUGAGCCCACAACAGCUAGAAGCCCUCACGUACAUCUCAGAAGAUGGAGACACGCUGGUGCACCUGGCGGUGAUUCACGAAGCCCCCGCAGUGCUGCUGUGUUGCCUGGCUCUGCUGCCCCAGGAGGUCUUGGACAUUCAGAACAACCUUUACCAGACAGCGCUCCAUCUGGCUGUACAUCUAGACCAGCCUGGUGCAGUGCAGGCGCUGGUGCUGAAAGGGGCCAAUAGGACGUUACAGGACCGGCACGGCGACACGGCCCUACAUGUGGCCUGCCAGCGCCAGCAUCUGGCCUGUGCCCGCUGCCUGCUGGAGGGGCAGCCAGAACCAGGCAGAGGACCACCUCACUCCAUGGAUCUCCAGCUGCAGAACUGGCAAGGGCUGGCCUGUCUCCACGUCGCCACCUUGCAGAGGAACCAACCGCUCAUGGAGCUGCUACUGCAGAACGGAGCCGACGUGGACGCACAGGAGGGCACCAGUGGGAAGACGGCGCUACACUUGGCCGUGGAGACCCAAGAGCGGGGCCUGGUGCAGUUCCUGCUGCAGGCUGGGGCCCGCGUGGAUGCCCGCAUGCUCAACGGCUGCACGCCCCUGCACCUGGCUGCCGGCCGGGGCCUCAGCAGCAUCUCGUCCACCCUGUGCGAGGCGGGCGCUGACUCUCUGCUAAGGAACGUGGAGGACGAGACACCCCAGGACCUGGCAGAGGAUCCCCUGACUCUUCUGCCCUUCGAUGACCUGAAGAUCUCGGGAAAGCCGCUGCUGUGUGCCGACUGAAGCCAGGGCUGGGUCUGAGGCACUCUGGCCCCUGCACCCCCAGGACAGGGCUCCCCAUCUUCCCCCUCUGGAAACCUGGGACCGUCACACUGCUACAGCUUGAGUUCAGCUCUGAUGUGCCGUUCCGGGGUGGGGGGGCGUCCUAGGACUGCUGAGACCAGAGAUGAGGAUCCAGCGCAGGGGUCCAGAGCCAGAGAGGAAGGAGUGCAAGAAAAGAGAGAGCCAGGGGAGGCAAGCACUUCUAAGGUGGACGGAGAUUUCCAGAAAAGCCCCACCCUUCCCAGAGCCCAUAGGGUCCCAGGUGAAGUUGGUGGCCAGCCUCGCUGCAGGCUCUGGGGGCUCUUGUGGGUCAGCAGGUGGGAGGAUGUGGAGUGUCUGCCAAGAAGAGACUGAGUACAAGCAGCAGCAAGCAGGCCCCGAGGGCGCCAGUGCCUGCUUGAGCACUUGCCACGAAGACCCUGCUCUGAGCAGCUGGGGAAGAGAAGCUUCAGUAACAUGACACUAAAAUACAGACUGUUUUCUUCGCAAAACAUUGGCCCCUCCAGAAUGGUUAUGUGCAUGCGCAUGGCUGCACACCUGUGUUGUGCGUUGGGGACUUUCAGGACCAGGAGCUGAGCGAGGCCUUGCUGGGUCAGGUCGGCGGCCUCACAGCCCUCCCAUUUUACUCUGCCCCAGACACGACGUGAUUCUCCUGCCCAUGGAAGAGCUGAGGGCAAUGGCAGGAGGAAGAGAAAGGAGAGAGAUCCAGGCCCGGCGGUGGAGUCAGACUUUGCACGUUCUUUUCUGCUGUGCCAUGUGCAUGUGGGAAGAGGGGAAAUAAAGUAACAUCGGCUCUGGUCA